AGUAUUCCAAGCCUGUCUUCCGUAAUCGAAUCCGAGUUCCGAUGUCUGCGAUUGCAAGCUUAGUGGGAUUACCCUCCGUGGCUUUCAGAAAGCCGUCGCGGAGGAGGGCGGUGGCGGCAAUGGCUUCUCCGGCGGCGGAGACGACGGCGAAAACGAUUGGGAGAGGGCUUUACGGCGUGCUGGGUUUGAGAGAAGCGGCGAGCAUGGGAGAGAUAAAAGCGGCGUACCGAUCACUGGCGAAGAGAUUCCAUCCUGAUGUGGCCGGCGGUGGGAACGAUGGAAGGUUUUUGGAGAUCCAGCGGGCGUACGCGACGCUAUCGGAUUCGGAGGAGAAGGAGCGGUAUGAUCUAUCGAUUGGGCGGUUCAGAUUGGUGAUUCAGCGGGAUGAGAGAUUUCGGAGGUCGCGGAGGUGGGAGACUGAUCAGUGCUGGUAGAAAACUUUCGGAAUUCGAUCGAUCGGAUUUGUUGCGAGAGCGAUUGGGAUUUCUUUGUAAUCUGUAAAUAGGAGAGGAGAUCUGGUAGCUUAGCGGCUGGGAUUUGGGAAAAUCGAUUGAACCUUGAAUUAGGUAUUUUCGUUUCCGAUACUUUUCGAUUGUCGAGGAUUGAUGCAUAUAUGCAUCUUUUAAAGGGAAGAGUAAAUUGAAAAUUGUAUUGGUGUUCUAACGAAACCAGAAAUAGAUAAUUUUGUCGGAGAAUCACUAGACCGAUGCUUGCUUUUUUGUCAUUUUAAGCUUUAUUUGCGAAAUUUUUUCGCGUGCCACCAUAGCGCACCAACUAUCGAUCCU